AUGUACUUUUUUACGCCUCCCCAAAAAAAAACAUUAAAACCAGUUAUUGACGAAAAUAAUAAUAACCAGUCAUCACAUUUUCAUCAAAUUAAUGAUAAAAUACCUAAAAUCAAACCAUUAGGAUUAGAAACUUACUCUUUAGAAGAUGAAAAAUAUUUAUAUAAUAUAUCAUAUUUUUCAAAAGAAGAAAUUAAAAUUUUAUACGAUUUAUUCCACAGAAUUAAUUUAAAUUUAGAAGGAUUAACAGAGAAUAUUAUCUUUCAAACAUUAUCAUUUUUGGUUCACUUGCCCAAAGGUAUAGAUGAACUUUCCGAUUUGUUUUUUAAUGAAGAUUUAGUAUAUAGAAGAGAAGUUGAUGAAAAUCAUCGUAAAAAUUUAAAGUUUAAUAUGAAUGGUAGUAGUAAAAAUUCAAGUCCAAUAAAUAGAAAUAUAAAUAUAGAUAUAAAUAUAAAAGAUAUUGAUGACAAUAAAAUAAAAGCAACUACUACCACCACAACUACAGCAAUACCAAGAAAUAAUAAUAUCAUUGGUAAUAAUACUGAUAUACCAUCCUCAUCGGCAACUAUAAUGGGUGCAAAUAAUAAUGAAGAGGAAAUAAAUUUAAAUAGUAGUCAUAAUAAUUUAAACAAUAUUAGUCCAAACCAGUAUUUAAAUAGUUUAGAGGUAAAUUCAAAUGAACUAUCAUCUAUUGUAAAUGAAGAUGAGCAUUCAACCGUCUCAACUAGUACCACCUCGUCUGUAAUACCUCCAUUAUCAACAAAUGAUAAACAGCCAGAAGAAAUUGAACAGCAGUUACAAAAAGAAAAAGAAGAAAUGAAAAAACAAUUACAAAAGCAGCUACAAGUUUCACAAGAAGAGGGUAAACAGGAACAACAUGAACAAAUUGUAUUGGAAAAGCAAAGUUUUAAACAGGAGUUAUUUACAAUUAAUAAUACACCAAUCUUAGCAACAGCAACAUUAUCAUCUACUUCUACUGUCGACUCUGUAAAUGAAUUAGGUCAACAAAUUGAGGAUAAAUUGCAACUAAAAGAACAAUUACAGCAUCAAUUAAAAGUUGCACAAAGUACAAAUAAUUUAAACAAUUUCUUAUACAAUUAUACAAUGUCAAGUGACUUUAAUGUAACAUCAACAAUGAACAGCAUAGGCAAUUUAUUAAAUACCACUAAUACUACUAAUACAUCAGUUAACGGUGAUUCAUAUUAUGGCGAUGAAGAAGAGGAGGAUUACGAAAAUGAGGAUACUCAAGAAAAAAUAGAGUCUAUAAAUUUAUAUAAAUCACAGUUUUCAAUUAUUCAAGACACUAAUUUAUGGAGUGGUAAAACUUUAAAAGAAGACGAGUUUGAUUAUAUUGAUAGUUCAUCAGAAGUUUUGAAAUAUAGAAUGAUUAUAAACUAUCUAUGUGAAAAUUUAUUCUCAUUCAUUAGAAAGCGUUAUAAUAUACCUCCAGGCAAAAACCCAUCUAUCAUCCAUAUUAUCGAAAUGAUCUCAAUUAUGACUAGAGGUACUCUUAAAGAAAAAUCAGAACUUGUAUUUAAAAUUUGUAAAAAGAAAUCAGAAAAUGUUAUAUAUAAAUCAGAAUUAUUAGAAUUGGUUCAAUCAAUUGAUGCAGUAACAGUAUUAAAUGUAUUUGGUUUGGGUAGUAUUGGUUCUCCAGACGAAGUUGUAAAUAAUAUUUUUAGAGAGGGUUUAAGUACUGUAAAUUCAAUUCAACGUACACCAAAUUUUCAAAGAUCCGAUUCAUUUUAUCAAAAGUCAAUGAGCUCAGAGUUACCCUUUAAGGAUACAUGUCUUGAAUUAAAAGAAUUUGUUAAAAGAUCAGUAUCAAACUCUGAUAUUCCAAGAUGUUUUGGUUUUUUCGAUUUAAUUUAUUUAUGUUAUGUUAAACCAAUUGAAGAUUAUUUAAAAUCAAGUAUAAAAUAUAAGCAAGCAUCUGGAUAUUUAUAUUAUGAAAAGUAUUUGGGAAUUAUUAAAGCAUAUUCAUUACGUUGGUUUGAAGUCAGAUCUGGAUUUUUAAUUGGUUAUAAAAGAUUAUUUUCAAAACCAUCUAAAGUUAUUUGUUUAUUUAAAACCAACGUAAAGAUAAUACCAAAGGAACACCCUAAGCAUCAUAUGAAGUUAAAAUCACUAUUUAAAGGUUCUCUUAGUAAACAAAUUGAUGGUAAUAAGGAGGCAACAGAUUUUGUUCUUAGAAGAUACGAUGAUACAGAACAGACAUUUAUUUCAUUGAGCUCUCAUAGAGCUUCGAAUUUUGUCAAUGCUAUUAGAGAAAAUAGUAAAGGUUCAUAUAGAUAUCAUUCAUUUGCAAGUCCACAAGAAGAUAUUCAUGUUAUUCCUUACAUCAAUGGUAACCAUUAUCUCAAAGGUGUUUAUAAAGCUUUAAAGCAUGCCACAAGUGAAAUUUAUAUUGCUGGUUGGUGGAUUUCUCCAAAUUUAUCAAUGAAUCGUACUGCAAAGAAAUCAAAAUCACCCGAUAAAUAUCGUUUAGAUUCACUUUUAAUGAAAAAAGCUUCUGAAGGUGUCAAGAUUUAUGUAUUGGUCUGGGAUGAAACUAUGAUUGCAAUGGAUUUAGGAAGCAGAGGUGUAAAAAGUAUCUUUGAAAAAAUGCAUCGUAGAAAUAUUAAAGUAAUUAGACAUCCUCAUCUACUACCGCUUUACUGGUCUCAUCAUCAAAAGGUUGUUGUGGUUGAUCAACGUAUUGCUUUCAUUGGCGGCUUGGAUCUUUGCUUUGGUCGUUACGAUAAUGAAUACUAUUAUGUAAAGGAUAAUUUAGAGAUUAAUUUCCCAGGUGCCGAUUACAUUAAUAGUUGCAUUGCUAAGCCUGUAAAUAACUUAAAGGAUUGUCUAGUGGAUCGUAAUACUACACCUAGAAUGCCAUGGCACGAUGUUUCAAUUGCAUUGGAUGGAAAAGCUGCUCGUGAUGUAACCUAUAAUUUUAUUCAACGUUGGAACCAUGCAAAAGACUCUAAUCGUGACUAUAAAAGCUAUCCAUAUCUUUUAUCAUCAUUAGAAACUCCCUUAAUCCCAGAACAACCUCGUGGUACAUGUAAAGUUCAAAUAGUACGUUCAGUUUGUGGUUGGUCAGCAGGUCAGGUAUUAGAAAACUCAAUUUAUAAAGCCUAUUUAAAUUUAAUUAAUUUAUCACAACAUUUCAUCUAUAUUCAAAAUCAAUUUUUCAUAUCGAGUGUUGGUUUUACUCAGCCAAAUAAUCAAAUCGCAUUUGCAAUUUAUAAAAGAAUCGAGAAAGCAAUCAUUUUAAAUCAAGUAUUUCGUGUUAUAAUCCUUUUACCAGUUCAUUGUGAAGGUGAUAUAUAUGAUGUCGAUACUCAACUCAUUAUAAAGUAUACCUCAAAGUCAAUUAAUGGUAUAAAAUCGGAGCUCCUCAAAAAGUUUCCAGAAGUUGACAUCGAUCAAUAUCUCUCCAUUAAUUCUCUCCGUAAUUGGGACGCUAAUGGUGAUAUUAUUUUCACAGAACAAAUUUAUGUUCACUCAAAAGUUUUAAUUGUUGACGAUAAAAUUGCUAUAAUUGGUAGUGCUAAUAUAAAUGACCGUAGUUUAAAUGGUACCAGAGAUAGUGAAAUCUGUGCAAUCAUCGAAGAUCGUGACUUGGUAGAUUCAAGAGUUAACGGUUUACCCUAUAAAGCUGCUAAAUUUGCCCACAACUUAAGAUGCAAUCUUUGGGAGUAUCACUUGGGCCUCAUAUCGAGCCCAGAUCCUAGUAUUUCAGAUAGAAUUAAAGAUUUGGUUAUUGAUAGUACCUAUCAUGAUAUAUGGAGAAGUAUCGCAAAUAAUAAUUCAAAAAUUUAUAAAGAUGUAUUUGGAAAUUUUAUACCAGAAACUUGUCGUUCAAUCUCUCAGUUAAAUAGAUCAGGAAGAGUUAAAACCACCGAAGAAAUUUUAGAAAAACUUUGUUCAAUUAAUGGUUUCUUAAUUAACUACCCCCUAGAUACAUUUUUAGUUGACGACGAAUCCCCAACUUCAUUAUAUUCCGAUAUUAUAACCUCAAUGAAAUUAUUUUUAUAAUAUCUAUAAAUAAUAGUUUAUAAUAAUAGCAAAAACAAUAUAAAUAAUCAAAAAUAUAAAUUUAUUAAUCCCAAAAAAUAUAAUAUAUAUAUUUUAUUUAUAUAAAAUUAAUAAAAAAAGAUUAAUUUUUUUUUU